GUGCUCAGUUCAUCAUGUUGGCUGGAGGAUGCUGCGCACGGGCAUUCUCUCUCUCCUGCCCCUGAGCGCUCACCCGGAGGAGGACGAGCAGGAGCAGGAGGAAGAGGAGGAAGAAGAAGAAGAAGAAGAAGAAGAGGAAGAGGAGAAAGAGGAAGAGGAGGAGGCGGUGGAGGAGGGCUCCGGGGCCGGCGGGGUCCAGGCUGCUGACCCCAUGCUCCGGUCUCACAGAGCGUAUCUGCUGGAGGGUCCGGAGGAGGCUGGCCUGAAGUCUCCAGACUGGCUGUACGAAUCUUAUUACCGCAUGAGCCAGCAGCACCCGCUCAUCGUCUUCCUGCUGCUCAUCGUCAUGGGAGCCUGUCUCGCCCUCAUCUCCGUCUUCUUCGCCUCGGGACUGGACAUAGAGGAGCAUGUGGCCUUCCUCAUCACCGUGCCCACCACACUGGCCAUCUUCCUCACCAUCUUCAUCCUCGUCUGUAUCGAGUCCAUCUUCAAGAAGCUUCUCCGCCUCUUCUCUUUGCUCAUCUGGGGCUGCCUGGUUGCCAUGGGUUACCUCUUUAUGUUCUUCGGAGGGAUCAUCUGUCCGUGGGACCAGGUCUCCUUCUUUCUCUUUAUAGUCUUUGUGGUUUACACCAUGCUGCCAUUCUCCAUGCGGGAUGCCGUCAUUGCCAGUAUCCUCACCUCCUCCUCACACACCCUGGUGCUCAGCAUCUGCCUCUCGAACACCGCAGAGCACACAGAGCCGCUCGUCUGGCAGAUCCUGGCCAACAUCAUCAUCUUUAUCUGUGGGAACAUGGCAGGCGCCUAUCACAAGCACCUGAUGGAUCUCGCUCUCAGACAGACCUACCAGGACACUUGUAACUGCAUCAAAGCACCAAUCAAACUGGAAUUUGAGAAACAUCAGCAGGAGCGCCUUCUGCUGUCCCUGCUGCCCGCACACAUUGCGCGUGUGAUGAAAGCGGAGAUUAUCCAGAGGCUGCAGGGGCCAAACUGCGGCCAGGCCGAGAACACCAACAACUUCCACAACCUCUACGUGCAGAGACACACCAACGUCAGCAUCCUGUAUGCAGAUAUUGUUGGAUUCACUCAACUGGCCAGUGACUGCUCUCCAGGAGAACUGGUUCAUAUGCUCAACGAGCUUUUUGGCAAAUUUGACCAGAUAGCCAAGGAUAAUGACUGUAUGAGGAUUAAGAUUUUAGGAGACUGUUAUUACUGUGUGUCCGGUCUGCCUGAGUCUCUGCCUGACCAUGCCAAGAACUGCGUAAAGAUGGGACUGGACAUGUGUGAGGCCAUCAAGAAGGUGAGAGAUGCCACUGGGGUCGACAUUAACAUGCGUGUUGGAGUGCAUUCUGGGAACGUUCUGUGUGGCGUAAUUGGCCUCCAGAAAUGGCAGUACGAUGUCUGGUCACAUGACGUCACUCUGGCCAACCACAUGGAGGCUGGAGGUGUACCUGGACGGGUUCACAUCUCUUCUGUAACGCUGGAACAUUUGAAAGGGUCGUAUAAAGUGGAGGCGGGAAAUGGACAGAGCCGAGACUCGUACCUGAAAGAGCACGGCAUCGUUACUUACCUGGUCAUCAACCCCAAGGGUGAGAGGCGUAGCCCGCAGCUUCACUGCCGCCCCCGUCCCGCUCUGGAUGGGGUGAAGAUGAGGGCAUCUGUGCGCAUGACUCAGUACCUGGAGUCCUGGGGAGCGGCCAAACCCUUCGCCAACCUGCACCACCGAGACAGCAUGACCAACGAGAACGGCAAGAUCAACACACGCGAUGUGCCAAUGGGGCACUACCAUUUUCAGGGACGAUCAGAAAGAACAAAAUCCCAGAAGAAGCGCUUUGAAGAGGAGCUAAAUGAAAGGAUGAUUCGCACAAUUGAUGGCAUCAACUCACAAAAACAGUGGCUGAAGUCUGAAGACAUACAGAGGAUAUCUCUGUUCUUUCACAAUAAGACUCUGGAGAAAGAGUAUAGAGCAACAACUUUGCCUGCCUUCAAGUACUACGUCACCUGUGCCUGCCUCAUCUUCUUCUGUAUUUUCAUAGUGCAAGUCUUAGUCUUGCCAAAAACUGCUGUCCUCGGGGUGUCGUUCGGAUUGGCCUUCCUGUUGCUCUCUCUUAUUCUUAUCAUUUGUUUUGCUGGCCAUAUUCUGCGAUGGGGCACCGUGGCCUCCUGCUCUCUGCCCUGGCUCCCGAACUCCUCCACACUCGAUGCCAACAAGCCCUGGAUACGGCUCGUGCUCACCAUGGCAACCACCGCUCUCAUCCUGGUCAUGGCCGUGUUCAACAUGUUCUUUCUAGAGGAUGAGAAGCUGAUUACAGUAGCUGCACCGAACAUCUCCAAUGAGAGCGCGUACAGUGUUCAUGGUCAAACCACUCAAGUCUCAGACAACAAGUUCUUCUUGCCUUACUUCAUCUACAGCUGUAUCCUGGGGCUGGUGUCCUGCUCCGUGUUCCUGAGGAUAAACUAUGAGCUGAAGAUGCUGAUCAUGCUGGCUGCAGUGGUGGGCUACAACAUCAUCAUCCUGCAGACCCAUGCUUCUGUACUGGAUGAGUACAGCACAGCGCUCUAUAGAACCCAGCCACUGGACAGGCCGGGUGUUCUGAAAGACUUGAAGACGAUGGGUUCUGUGUCUUUGUUCAUCUUCUUCGUUACCCUGCUUGUGCUGGCGAGGCAGAAUGAAUAUUACUGUAGGUUAGACUUUCUCUGGAAGAACAAGUUCAAACGGGAGUGUGAGGAGAUCGAGACGAUGGAGAACCUCAACCGCGUGCUUCUGGAGAACGUUCUGCCAGCUCAUGUGGCGGAACACUUCUUGGGUCGUAAUUGGAAAAAUGAGGACCUCUACCACCAGUCAUACGAUCUGGUGUGCGUCAUGUUUGCCUCCAUCCCGGACUUCAAGGAAUUCUACACCGAGUCUGACGUGAACAAGGAGGGGCUGGAGUGUCUCAGACUUCUCAAUGAGAUUAUAGCAGAUUUUGAUGAGUUACUCUCCAAGCCCAAAUUCAGUGGCGUGGAGAAGAUAAAGACUAUCGGCAGCACCUACAUGGCUGCUACUGGACUUAACGUCACUCCUGGACCAGAGUAUGCUCAGGACCAUGACAGGCAGUACAUGCACAUUGGCACAAUGGUCGAGUUUGCCUUUGCUCUGAUGGGGAAACUUGACGUUAUUAACAAACAUUCCUUCAAUGACUUCAAGCUGCGAGUGGGAAUAAACCAUGGACCAGUGAUAGCGGGGGUAAUAGGAGCACAGAAGCCGCAGUAUGAUAUCUGGGGAAACACUGUGAAUGUGGCCAGCAGAAUGGAGAGCACAGGGGUCCUGGGGAAAAUCCAAGUAACAGAGGAAACAAGUCGGAUCUUACAGACUUUGGGAUACAUGUGCUCUUGUCGAGGGAUCAUCAACGUGAAGGGCAAGGGGGACCUCAAGACUUUCUUUGUACACACUGAAAUGACCCGAACCUUAUCACAAGGGAAUGUAAUGCCUUGAACUUCUCAUAUACAAAACCAAGAACUUAACCACAAGUACAACUGCACACAUAAAAACAGCUCCCACGCUCUGUCAGACACACACAUACAGUAUAACUCUGGCCUAGAGGACGUUUCUACAGUGUUUCAUCUUCUGAACCACCAGUAAACAGAUCUACAUUUCUCACCAAGGAGUGUUUGGACUCAUCAGCUCUAGAGGCUCAGAUUAUGAAACCCAGACAAGUCACUGUGCGAGCGACCCAGUACUGAGGAGAGCAGAUGAGGGUGUGUAAAAUAAUAAAAAAAUGAUUUCAUGUGUGUUCAUGUUUGGUGCCACCAUUUUCUUAUCCAUUAAAGAAUUUCUAUAUAAAC